UAAACUCCCAUCUUUAUUUAUUACUCUAUCCAAACUCCUUUUUCAUUGGCUUCUAGGAUCUUCCUUUUAAAAUUCCCACUUUUCACUUUGACUUCUUCUAAUUUUGUAAGUCGACCACCAAUAGCUAGCUAUUCAAACAUCAUCACCAGAUUCAUUUUUCGAAUAUGAAGUUUUUUAAUUGGAUGCAUAACAAGAUCAAUGGGGGACAAGGAAUCAGGAUGUCUAAUGUUGUUCCAAUUACCACAAAUCAUAUAAAUGAAGAGUUCAAAGAUUGGCCAGAUUCAUUGUUGGCAAUUGGAACAUUUGGCAAUAGGAGCAGUGAUCUCAAAGAAAGUAGACAACCAGAACAGAGCAAAUUACACGUAAAAAACGAUAUGGAAGACUAUGAGCAAACUUCUUAUUCUCCAGAUUUAGCAGAAUUCACACCUGAAGAAGUCGGGAAAUUACAAAAAGAGUUAACAAAAUUAUUAUCAAGAAAACCACCAAUUACUGCUGAUGUUAAAUCUGAAUUAGUCGAGAUCAAGAACAAUCCUGCUAGUGAUGAUGACGACGAUGAUGAUAUUCUUCCGUUGGACAGAUUUCUUAAUUGUCCCUCGAGUUUGGAAGUUGAUCGUAGGAUUACUUCAAGCAGAUUUAGCAGUACUAAUUGCUCGGAGAAUUUUGAUUACGACGAGGAAGAAAUCGAUAGAGCAAUAAGAGUGAUCUUAGGUAGAUGCAAGGAUGUCUGUAGUAAACAGAACAAAAAGAAAUUAAUUGGGAAGAAAUCAAUUUCUUUCCUUCUCAAGAAAAUGUUUGUUUGUACAAGUGGUGGUCUUGCUCCUGCUCCUAAUUUACGUGACACAUUUCCCAAAUUAAAAAUGGAGAAGCUUUUGAGGACAAUGCUUUCCAAGAAAAUACAUCCCCAAAAUGCCCCUCGCACAUCAACAAAGAGAUAUUUAGAGGACAAAUAUCCACAAAGAGAAGAGCAAGAAGAGAAAAAAUGCUAUGAUGGAUCAAAAUGGGUGAAGACUGAUUCUGAUUUUAUAGUCUUGGAAAUGUAGAUAACGCCUCUUUGCUAGCUGUUCCAUUUCAAGAAACGUCGACGUAUUUUAUGAUAUUAUAAAAUUAUUUAGGAAAGGGUCAAAUUUAUUUAUGUACUAUUCAAUGUAACUUUGUCCUUUGUUAGACUUUUGUUCUAUUAUUAUCCACGUUAAAAGUCUUGUUUUUGUCUUGAACCUUUACUAUGGGGUGAAGACGAUAUAAUCACCUUUUCCUAACGGAAGGAUAAUAUUAGACCAAAAAUCUUGUAACUAGUAUAGGGGCAAAUUUGAACAUUUUCCCAAUAUUUUCUUCAAUCUUGUUUUGGUUUUCUUCAAUGAAAACCUUAAUGCCCCCCUCCAAUAUUGUACAAAGACAACUUUAUCCUUUUUUUCAUGGUGGUAUCCGUUAAUGGAUGCAACACAUGUUGUGUGAUGUUUUUAUAAAAGAAAAUCUUGUGAUUUGUACUGAUC